AUCUAUUUAUUCGAUUUAGUUGUAUGUGUGACAACUACUUUGUGCUUGUAGCUUUUGGUGACUGGUGAAACUGGGCGAAACUGGCGAUGGUGUAUAAUAAAUAAAAAAUGGCGGACUCAGCGGGCAAUUGGUGUCUCAUCGAAAGCGAUCCUGGUGUUUUUACGGAAUUAAUCAAAGAAUUUGGUGUUAAAGGAGCUCAAGUAGAAGAAUUAUGGAGUUUGGAUGAUGAUCAGUUCGAUAAUUUGAAGCCUAUACAUGGUUUGAUAUUUUUAUUCAAAUGGGUUCAGGAUGAUGAACCAUCUGGAAAUGUUGUUCAAGAUAAUAGGUUGGACAAAAUAUUUUUUGCAAAACAGGUGAUUAAUAAUGCAUGUGCAACACAAGCAAUAUUAAGCGUAUUGUUAAAUUGUAAGCAUUCUGAUAUUUUGUUGGGGCCAAAUUUGGAAGAAUUUAAAAAUUUUUGUCAAAGCUUUGAUGCUAAUAUGAGAGGACUUGCUCUUAGUAAUUCUGAUGUAAUAAGAGAAGUACAUAAUUCUUUUUCAAGGCAAACAUUAUUUGAAUAUGAUUCAAAAAAGGCAUCUAAAGAUGAUGAUGUUUUUCACUUUGUAAGUUAUGUACCAAUUGAUGGUCGUUUAUAUGAGUUAGAUGGAUUGAAAGAUGGACCAAUGGAUCUAGGUCCAUGCCCACUUGGAGAACAGUGGGUUCAAGCAGCAAAGCCAAUAAUACAAAAAAGAAUAAAUAAAUAUAAUGAAGGAGAAAUCCAUUUUAAUUUAAUGGCGAUCGUGACUGAUAGAAAAACAUUAUACGAACGACAAAAAGCGAAUGUUUGUGAUCCAGCCGAGCUUGAGCGUUUACAGACACUAAUAGAAAAAGAGAUUCGAAAAUCUAAACGAUAUCAGAUCGAAAAUAUUAGAAGAAAACACAAUUAUCUCCCAUUGAUAAUGGAAUUGCUUAAGAUGCUUGCCAAAGAAGGUAAGCUUGUAUCUCUGUAUCAAAGGGCAAAGGAAAAGGCAUUGGAAAAAGAAUCCAAGAAGAACACAGUUUAAAUUUAGAUCCUAUAAUUGCAUGAAAAGAUCGUUGGAUUGUAUGUAAAAUGUAUAGGUAUCAAUGAAGUGUAAUCUUUUUUUAAAAAUAAAUGUAAAUAUAAACAAAAAUUCCUUUUUAUCGUAGACAUCAAGAAAUGUAUUAUUAAUUUUAAGAAACGUCAUAUUGGAAAAUAAUGCAGUUUAAUAAAUGAUGUAAUGAGA